AUGAACUAUGUGGGGCAGCUGGCAGAGACAGUGUUCGGAACUGUUAAGGAACUGUACAGGGGCCUAAACCCUGCCACGCUGAGCGGCGGCAUCGAUGUGCUGGUGGUGAGGCAGCCGGAUGGCUCCUUCCGGUGCUCACCCUUCCAUGUUCGCUUCGGCAAGCUGGGUGUCCUGCGGUCACGGGAGAAGGUGGUGGACAUUGAAAUCAAUGGAGAACCUGUAGACUUGCACAUGAAGCUGGGGGACAGUGGCGAGGCCUUCUUCGUCCAGGAGCUGGACAGCGAUGAGGAAGAGGUACCUCCUCGCCUGUGCACCUCACCCAUCCCAUGGGGAGGCCUGUCAGGCUUUCCCUCAGACUCCCAGCUGGGCACAGCCAGUGAACCCGAGGGCCUCGUUAUCACCGGGCGGAGAAAGAGGCGGCGCAGGAGAAAACCCAGGCGCAGGGAGGAUGCUGUGGACUCCAGUUCUGAGGAGUUGGAGGCAGGUGCUGAGAGUGAGCUGCCCUCGCAGGAAAAGCCAACAGCAGAGUCCCCAAGUGCUCAGGGGGAGGAGGAGUCCUCACCACAGCCGAAAGACAUCUACCCUUACUCUGAUGGCGAGUGCACCCCGCAGGCCAGCCUCUCCUCCGGUGACCUAAUGUCCCCUAAGAGUGACUCUGAGCUGGAGCUGCGGUCCUUGGAGCCAAGUCCCCUGAGAGCUGAGUCUCACAUGCAAUGGGCCUGGGGGAGACUGCCUAAGGUGGCGAAAACCGAGCGGCAUGAGUUGUCUAUGGUCCUCGACAGUAUGGUCGAGGCAAUCUCUGCUCUUCCUGGGGAACCUGACCCUAGCCCUUCCUCCUCUGCGGCUGGUGUGGACAUUUCGAGACUCCCCACGCUACAACCAGUGGCCAGGGAGGAUACAGUGCUUCCUGAUGUGGAGACACUAGUUCCUGAUUGUGAGGAAACACUAGUGGGUUCUCCCCUUGCUGCCCGAGAGACUAAGGAAACCAAGACUCAGAAUUCUAGGGGUGCGGGUCACCCUCCUGCCACUAAGUCAUGGAGCUGGGCCACUCUGGAGAGCCACAUUCCCUCUGGGCAUCCAGAAGUCUCCAAGGGAAAAGGUUCCCUGAAGAGAAACCACCACCUGGGCCCCAGUGACAUCUACCUGGAUGACCUGUCCUCCCUGGACUCUGAGAAUGCAGCCCUUUAUUUCCCCCAGAGUGACUGCGGGAUGGGGCCCAGGAGGUGGAGUGAGCCCAGCAACCAGAAGCUCCUGGAGAACCCCAACCCUGAACACGUAGGCGAACCCACCCUGGACUCAGUGGACAAAGUAGCAUUGUCCCUCUGUGGUGGACUGGCUGAAACCCGAAACAUCCCCCCGGAGAAGUUCAACCAGCACGUGGUCUCCUAUGAGGACCUCACUAAAAAUCCCGGGCUCCUGGAUGACCCAAACCUCGUGGUGAAAAUCAAUGAGAAGCAUUAUAACUGGGCUGUGGCCGCCCCCAUGAUCCUUUGUCUGCAAGCCUUCCAGAAGAACUUACCCAAGAGCACUGUGGACAAACUUGAGAAGGAGAAGAUGCCUCGGAAGGGUGGCCGAUGGUGGUUUUCCUGGAGGCGCAGGGACUUCCCAGCUGAGGAGCACAGUGCCCAGAGGGAGAAAACCGCAGCCAGGGAGCAGCAGGGAGAGAAGACAGAAGUCCUAAGCAGCGAUGACGAUGCCCCAGACAGUCCUGUGAUCCUUGAAGUGCCCCGCCUGCCACCUCCCACUCCGGGCUGCGUCCCUACCUACAAGAAGUCCCUUCGCCUGUCUUCGGAGCAGAUUCGGUAUCUGAACCUGCACGAAGGAGCUAACGAUGUCGUCUUCAGUGUGACUACCCAGUACCAAGGCACCUGCCGUUGCAAAGCCACCAUCUACCUGUGGAACUGGGAUGACAAGGUGGUCAUCUCUGACAUAGAUGGCACCAUCACCAAGUCCGAUGCUCUCGGCCACAUUCUGCCCCAGCUGGGGAAAGACUGGACACAUCAGGGCAUCACUAGUCUCUACCACAAAAUCCAUCUAAAUGGGUACAAGUUCCUGUACUGCUCAGCACGGGCCAUCGGCAUGGCUGACCUCACCAAGGGGUAUUUGCAGUGGGUGAGCGAGCAUGGUUGUGGCCUUCCUAAGGGCCCCAUCCUACUGUCUCCCAGCAGCCUCUUCUCUGCCCUCCACAGGGAAGUGAUCGAGAAAAAGCCAGAGGUAUUCAAGGUUGCCUGCCUGAGUGACAUUCAACAGCUGUUUCUGCCCCAAGGACAACCCUUCUUUGCUGCCUUUGGGAACAGACCAAACGAUGUUUUUGCCUACCGGCAGGUAGGCCUCCCUGAAUCUCGGAUCUUCACAGUCAACCCCCGGGGAGACCUCGUUCAGGAGCUCAUAAAGAACCACAAAUCCACGUACCAGCGGCUCGGGGAGGUGGUGGAACUUCUUUUCCCACCCGUGGUGCGUGGCCCCAGCACAGACCUGGCCAACCCUGAAUACAGCAACUUCUGCUAUUGGCGGGAACCCCUGCCACACGUGGACUUCGAUGCCCUGGCUUGAGCCUGCCCACGCCAUUCUCCUUGCUCUGACCCAGGCCUGAUGGGUGCCAAGGACGCUGAGGAUUGGAAGAUGAGUGACAGGGGCCCAACCCAACAAAGGGGCAACACGUUGGUUGGCAGCCAGAGACCUUCCUUUCUCCCUGAAACACAAAUGCUGUUGUCUUUGGUGUGAUUACUCAGUACCAGGGCACCUGCCACCACAAGGCCAUCUACUUGAAGAAAUGGAAUAGCAAAGCAGACAUCUCUAGCACAAAUGGCACCAUCAUCAACUGAGGCUCAGCUGGCUGUGGGGAGCAUGGGGAAUACCUAGGGACCAUGCAUGUGCCUAGGACCUACCAGGGGUGGGUCAGCUACCCCCAGGGCUAAGUACAGCCU